AUGUCUUCCAAACCCAGUACCCCCACCACCAAACCAUGCAACAUCCCCGGCAUAGAAUACGACCACGCCUUCCCCGAAAGCCUCCAAACGAACCUCUCUGCCCUCGCCGGUGUAUUCGACUUCCCAACAACACAAGAACUCUGGGACCUAACCCAAAAAGAUCCAAGCACCAAGCCCAUCUUCGAUGUCUGGGCCGGCGAGCGCAAGAACUUCCCAACAAACCUCCGCGGGCUCACCCAUACCAAACUCAUGAAUCUCGCCUCUAACCAAGCCUUCCACCCUAUCCUCGCCAACGAUAAACACCCCGCGUUCAGCAGCCAGGUUUUCCAGCAGAACCAGAGCCAGCUUCCCGCGCAGGGGAAGGCGGAGGUUAAUAACAUGAAUCUGCCGCAUCUUACGGCGCUGUGGUAUAUCACGAGGCUUAUCAGGGAGAAGCCAGCGCUAUUCCCGGGGUCGAGCGUGUCGUCGGUGUCUCAGACUACGGGGGAAGUUAUUAUGUCGUUUGAUGCGUAUGAUGUGUUUCAUGCGUGGAAAUUGCUGAAGUGGAUUUGGUGGGUUAAGGUUCCUAAGACGAAGCCUAGGGUGAAGCGUGCUACGCCUCCGGUUUUUCAUACGGAUUCUACGGAUUCUACUGCUGGUGAUGCUUCAGGUGGUUUGGAUGGGUCAUCGGGCACUGCGGUGAAGGUUGAAGAUUCGAAAGACAUUCCUGACGCCAAGUCGGUUCCAGCAGACGAUGCCACCAAGUCGGCCCAGGACACGGCCAAAGAUGCAGCAGAGCAGGAUGCUCAGCAAGGCACCGAUGACCAAGUUUCGGUUGGGGAGACGCACAGUCAAGUCGACGAUGCAAGCAAAGAUGCAGCAGGGCCGGAUGCUUCCCGGGGCGUAGAGAGCAAAAACACUGCCAUUGACACCCCCUACGAAACCGCAGCUAAGGAAGAGGCAAUUCCAGAUACCGAUAUCACACAAAUUAAGACCGAAUACAUUGAAGACACAGCAAAGCGAGGGCUCCCCGAUGGUGAAGAUGGUGUGGGCGAGUCGGGCGUCUCGAAGAAGAUCAAGACUUGUUGA